GGUUGUCAAAUAAUUGGCAAAAAAACUUGGAUUGGAUUUCUGUGCUGGAUUUUCUAAGUAAACUGAUUUACAUACGAAGAAUUAUUAUUUUACUUUCGAGAAUCUAGUCAUCAUUCUCCGCCUUGUUGAGUUUUCCAUAAUCCAAGUUUAGCUGACCUAACAUAACAAGUAUCGGGCGGAAAGUGUCUUGAAAUGGUGUUGAACGUCUGAAUGUCUGAACUCUGAUGACGAAUCGUCUCGAAGUCUAAAAUCUAAAUAUGAAUGUAUCUGUAACCAAUUGAAACAGUGCAAUAUUUGUUCUCAUUCAGUGUUUCAGUGUUAAUUUGCUAGUUUUGUCUGUUAGAUGUGAUGUCUGACGGAGAUCCUUCUCUCGAAGAGGAUGUCCCGAAACCUUUGUUAGAAAAGCCGGAAGAGAAUGUGUUUACUCCUAAGAUAGCGACUCCUAUCUUCGCUGGGAGUGUGAAGCUGCUCCAUAGACCUUCAGACACGGCGGAAACGGAGUCGUUUCUGUCUGAUGCCCAACGCAAUGAUCUCGCCUUCCAACAGCUAUUCCAGGAUGGAGAUGGAGCGGUUGAAGUCGCGGAGAAGACGCCGGAGCGGAUGACGGACUUGCACGCCAUGUCCGUGCUCAGCACCUACCAGGACACCCUGUCGCAGGACAUGAACACGGAUAGGGACAACGGUAGCGACGCCUCCACCAGGCCUGCGGAGGAAUGCGCGUGCGGCGAGCCCGUGGUGCCGGAUGUGGUCAACAACAAUGGCAAACCCGUUGCCAACCAUUGCUCGAUAGUAAUGGGUGGUAUACUAAAUAACCCCUCAUUGACUUUCAACGACGGGGUAAGAUCUGUGGACUUCGUGCUAGUAUGGGAGGCUGCGAAAGAUGACGCGACCACGCCGCGGGCUUACGAAUGCCGGAAAGUCUUCGAACGGAACCUCGAGAAUGAAGGCCUUCAGUUAGAACGAGAAGCGCCCGAGGAUCUGUAUGGAUUGCACUUUAUCAAGAUUCACGCACCACUCUCAGUACUUAGAGAUUACAGCGAGGUUCUUAAACUUAGGAUGCCUAUGAAGGAAUGCAGUAAGAUACGCAAAGGUGGGCGGACGAAUGCGAUACUGAACGCUGCGAUGUAUAUGUCGAAGUUUUCAGCUCUCAAAGAUGUUCACGAGAAGACGAACAGUCUCAUAGACAAGAUAGACGGCUGUUGGGACAACUUAAUGUCUAAAAUUAGAGUCGAUCCAAACAUGUUCCCUGAGAGAAAACAUCGACUCACCGCUAUUUAUUCUAAGGAUAAGGAGUAUUUAUUCGAUACAGCAUCGGAAUGUUUCUGGACGCCGUCGAUUCGUUCUCGCAUAGUCCAGUUCAUAUUGGACCGCAAGAAGUUUUCCGACUCGCCUGGCGACGACUUUGCGUUUGGAGUCACUCGCCUUAUAGCUGAUAACGCGUACAGCGCUGCCUACCCGCUGCAUGAUGGUGAUCUCAAAACUCCCGGCUCAAUGCGGUACCUCCUAUACACUGAAUGGGCAAGCGUUUCCAAAUGCUUAAAAUAUCAACCCUUGGACUACGUGAAGGAUUAUUUCGGGGUUAAAAUAGGGCUAUACUUCGCGUGGCUGGGCUUCUACACACACAUGCUGAUUCCCGCGUCUGUGGUCGGUCUCAUUUGCGUUAUAUACUCGGCUGCGACUGUCUUCAGUAACAAACCCAGUGAAGACGUGUGCAACUACAAUUCGUCGAUAAGGAUGUGUCCCCAAUGCGAUUACUUCUGCGAGUUCUGGGACUUGCGCGCCACUUGCCUGCAGUCGCGGAUAACUUACUUGUUUGACAACCCUACCACGGUGUUCUUCGCUAUAUUCAUGAGCUUCUGGGCUGCCUGCUUCCUGGAGCUAUGGAAGAGAUAUUCCGCCGAGAUGACGCAUAGAUGGGAUUUGACGGGAUUCGACGUGUACGAGGAACACCCCAGACCGCAGUACUUAGCUCGUUUGGCGCACGUCAAACGGACGCAGCUAAACGUCGUAACGGGUGAGCGUGAGCCCAUGGUGCCGUUCUGGCGGAUGCGCCUGCCCGCCACGCUAAUGUCGUUCAGCGUGGUGGCUCUGCUAGUCCUGCUGGCGCUGGCCACAGUGCUGGGCGUGGUGCUGUACCGCAUGUCGCUCCUCGGCGCCAGCAUCCUGCGCCAGAAGGACAACACGCUGCUCACGUACAGCCCCAUCAUGUUCACGACCGCCACUGCCGCGUGCAUCAACUUGGUCUUCAUCUGCAUAUUCAACUACAUCUACCAAUACCUAGCAGAAUGGCUCACAGAGAAGGAAUUGCUGCGAACACAGACAGAGUUCGACGAUUCCCUCACUCUCAAGAUCUACCUGCUGCAGUUCGUCAACUACUAUGCGUCGAUAUUCUACAUCGCUUUCUUUAAGGGCAAGUUUGUUGGUCGCCCCGGGAAUUAUGUUCGGCUGUUCGGUCAUAGACAGGAAGAGUGUGCGCCGGGUGGCUGUCUCCUGGAAUUGUCCAUCCAACUGGCCAUCAUAAUGAUCGGCAAACAGUUCAUCAACACCAUCGUUGAGAUGAUGAUGCCGUAUCUGCUCAAAUGGUUGAACAUCAUACGAACUAUUGGCAGAAGAAAGCGGAUAAAAAGUCCAAUGCAAUGGGUGAAGGAUUUCAAGCUAGUCGACUUUGGAAAUAUGGGUCUUUUCCCUGAAUAUUUGGAAAUGGUGUUACAGUACGGGUUUGUAACGAUAUUCGUGGCGGCGUUUCCGCUCGCGCCAUUAUUUGCUCUUAUAAACAACGUACUAGAGAUGCGAUUGGACGCUAAGAAGUUCCUGUCGUGCUACCGCCGGCCUGUGCCGCAGCGGGUCAACGACAUCGGCGUGUGGUACCGCAUCCUUGACUCCAUCGGCAAACUCAGCAUUAUCACCAACGGGUUCAUCAUAGCUUUCACGUCGGAGUUCAUCCCGCGUCUGGUGUACCUCGCGGUGCGCGGCGACCUCAAUGAGUACGUGGACCACACGCUCACGGACUUCAACAUCACCGUGCUCGAGCACCCGCCCAUCGGCACCAAGUACAACGGCACUAUGUGCAGUUACCCGGGCUACUGGAACUACAAGGUCGGCGACGACUAUGAACAUACCAACUGGUACUGGCACGUAAUGGGCGCUCGAUUGGCUUUCGUCGUCGUCUUUGAGAACGUGGUGGCUCUAGUCAUGAUCAUUGUCCGCUGGGCGAUCCCGGACAUGUCCGGCGAACUCCGGGACCGGAUCCGGCGCGAGGCCUAUGUCAUCAACAGCUUCAUAAUGGAGGAGACGCGCACGCGGUCGGCGGCGGAGCGCUCGCCCGUGCCGGCGCGACUCGCGCACGAAGACGAACGCGAUGCCGCGGAGUCGACCUGGAAUCAUAUCGCCUCGCUAUCAGGCUCGGACUUCGACCUGGCAGCCCACGGAGACCACCAGGGCAUUCGGAACUUGUCCAAACAUGUGGUGACCGACCUUCCUAGUAACGCGAGUGAUGCUCCGGAUCCUGCUCACGUAUGAACGUAAAUACGACAAAAAAGAAGGUCAAUAGAGGAUACUCCGUCACUUGCUCAGUGUAAAAAAAUCGCAGUAUAGUCUGUUCACUAACAUAGUGUUGGUACACCCGCAGGCGCUCUUAUCAUUUUGUCUUAAAUAUCUUAUCUUUUACUGUGUUUGCUAAAUAAAAGUUUUUCUAUGCGAAGAAUAAAAUAGAAUACUAUUUUAUCUUAAUUGGUAUUAUAAUUAAUAAACAAUAGUUAGGCAGCAAAGAGAAUUUUAAUGAAAAAUAUAAGUGUAGAUGCCAAAUUCUCCUGCGGGUGUACACCCCACGCGGCCGUGGCGGCCAAAAUGUGACACGUGCCAAUGUGGCACGACACAAAGGCGACCGGAUCUAAGGGAAUAGACCUUAGCCGAUCCAGUCGCAUCUUCAAGCGGCCGGUCAUGAGUUCAUGACUGGUUUAUGAUACUCGUGUAUGGGCGCUCUUAAGCUGCGAAUUUUAUGCCUAAGUUUAUUGCUUGCUCUAUUUUUUUGACUCUACCUUAAGUCGAAAUUAGAAAUUUGUUUUUAGUUUCGAUUGGUUUGUCUUAAAACGUGUUUUUUGUACGUAAUUUUAUCUUUAAAAUGGAAGCUUUUCUAAAACAGAUUAACAAUAGUUGACAAGAUAUUUCAUAGAUCAAUAAAACUUUAUAUUCGCUACAAUACAGUGUGCAAAGUUUAAUAUGUAUGUAAAAGAUUGUGUAAACUGCACGAUAUAAUUAAAGUGAAAUAAUAACUAAUUUUCUACUUAUAUUAUACUUGUAACUUCAUUAUAUUAGUGAGCACAACGCACAAUUCUGAAAAAAGUUCCUGUAUGUGUUUUAAAUCAAAGAUCUUAUUUUAUUAUACUAUAGCAUGGUUUUACAUAAAUGGUUCCUUUAGUAUCAAAAGCUGAUUAACCAUAUUUUUUCCAUAUAAAUAUUUAUUACUUUAAACGUUAAUUGCCUCAAGUCUCGAAAAUGUGAUCUUUACAAUAUACUUACAUUAUUAAAGUAAAUUAAAAUAAAUUCACUAAUAAAUUCACACAUCAAAAAUCUUGGUCACUUUUCAUAAUAAUUUUAUUUCAAUUCACUUCACAAUUCAUAAAGUAUUCGUCUCGAAAAGUGAUUUCUGUACUUAAAUUAGAGAUAAUAGCCAUGUUUGUUGCACAUAUAACUAAGGCUCUUUAUGCACUGGAUCCGAUUCAAAUCC